UAGCCUCACAACUCCUGGAGAUACUUUUUUUUAAAGUAUUCCUUUAAUGCUAGCAGUUUGCCCAAUAACAGUUCAGUUGUUUGCAUUCUGCAGGGUGUUUGUGCUCCAUUCCUGUGCGCUCGGCGGGGAAUGGCUUGGCACGGAUUCACAUCAAGCUCGUCCUCAUUCGCAGCGCCUUCCAAAGAGUCAGCAAACGCCCCCAUAAGCCGAGCAUCCACGCAACUUCAAUCCAUUGCUACAGAAAACAAGGCAGCGUUGAAGCGCACUAAACCCAGAGCAGGUUUGUGUGCCUCCAGCCAGCAGCGAUCCGGAUCUAAUGCUCGACAAUGAACCCUCAUUGUGCACGCUGUGGCAAAAUAGUCUAUGCUACAGAGAAGGUGAACUGUCUGGACAAGUACUGGCACAAAGCAUGCUUCCACUGUGAGGUGUGCAAAAUGACCCUCAACAUGAACAACUACAAAGGAUACGAGAAGAAGCCCUACUGUAAUUCGCACUACCCGAAACAGACGUUUACCAUUGUGGCUGAUACCCCCGAGAACCUGCGACUGAGACAGCAGAGUGAGCUGCAGAGUCAGGUGAAGUACAGGAAGGAUUUUGAGGAGAGUAAGGGCCGCGGUCUCAGAUAUCUCGUGGACACACCAGAGGUGCAGAGACUAAAGAAAGCCCAGGAUCAGAUCAGCAACGUUAAAUAUCAUAAGGAUUUUGAGGUUCCAGGGUUGCAUGGGGUCACUCAGGACAUGCGAGGGGCUUAUCUGGUGCGGGCGCAGGGGAGACCCAACCACCAGACAAUGGGGACCAGCGCAGCGCAACAGGGUGUUCAUCAGUACAUCAUGGAAAUGGAUCGGAGGCCAGGCGUCAUUGUGGCGCCUGUUCUUCCUGGGGCGUACUACCCGAGUGGACAUAGCCAGGGACACAGCUACAUGCAUCAGACCAGCAUGCACUCCCUGAGGUCCAUGCAGCUGCGCUCACAUCCAGCAACCAUGAGUGUUUACAGGGCUUUGUAUGACUACAAUGCUCAGGACUGCGACGAGGUGUCGUUCAGAGAUGGCGACGUUAUCCACAACGUGCAGCCCAUCGACGAAGGCUGGCUGUACGGGACAGUGCAGCGGACCGGCCGCUCUGGCAUGCUGCCCGCCAACUACGUAGAGGGCAUUCGCUAGCUCUCCUCUUCCAAACGCCCGAGUCUCACCCCUGCCGAGGCUCAAAUUAAACCACUUCACUGCAGUCAGUACGGGGAUCAAGCACUUGUAAAUAGACAGAGGUAGGCCUCUAUUUUGGUAGUACAGAUUGUCAAGUCUUUCAGUAUUUAUAAGACGCGUCUCUUGUUUUGUUACAUCGUACCUAAUUCAUACAGUAACAUAUUAGCGCAUGUCGUGUAAUGAUAAUAGUUUUGUACCUUGUAUACCCUGUAUUUUGUACCUAUGAGAAUUCUAAUUUAAGCUGAAUUGUAAAUACAUGGGUUGAGCCUUUUUCACAGACAAAUAAAUGAGGUUAAAAAAAAAAAAGACAAACUCCUGCAAAUCCCAGAUUA